AUGUCAAAUAUUGAAGCUUCAAAAGUUUAUGAGACUGUUCUGGAGACGGUAAUUAACGAUGUGAGACAAGAGUUUGAAGAUUCAGGUGUUGAUGAACAAACCCUUCAAGAUUUAAAAAGAAUUUGGCAAAUAAAGCUCAGUGAAAGUAAAGCCGCUACAUUUAUCUGGGACCCAGAGAGAACGACAGUUACUGCGCAACCUGGAACAACAGAAGGAACGACAAAUGUAUCAGGUUCAACGGUACCACAAGACGAAUUUGGUAGUGUUGCUAUAAAUCAUUCGGAUAAUGGGACAGGAGCCACUGGGAAUGGAGAUAUCAUCGGUAAUUCUUCUUCAGAUAUGGUAAAUAAUGAUGAGCUAACUCUACAAGAUAACGAGAUGAAACCAAAACAAGAAAUGGAGUUCUCUAUGGAUGAUCCUGAUGGUGAAAUAUCAAAACAAUUGAAACUACAGGCUAAGCAGGCUAAGAAGUCCGCACUACUCGAGACAGAUGAAAUUAAUUCUGAUUUGGAUGAUUCCGAUGAUGACUAUGUCAAUAUGGACGUUGAAGAAGAAGGCACGGACGUCAAUAUGAUGUUGUGCUUAUAUGACAAAGUGCUGAGAGUCAAAAACAAAUGGAAGUGUAACUUGAAGGAAGGUGUGGUUACAAUAGAUCAUAAGGAUUAUGCUUUCCAAAAAGCCCAAGGGGAAAGUGAAUGGUAA